AUGAUUUGCCUUCAUCACAUCAUUAGUGUGUGCUCCUCACGCUCUACAUCCAGUUUCAAACUCCUAUACAAAUACACCAUGGAACAACUCAAUGAGAAAGUUGAUCACCUUCAAACUCAGCUGCAUGGUUUUAAGAGCUGGAUAAUUAAAGCAAAAAUUGCCAUGGAAGCAAAAGGCAGAGAUAGACUAGCCCUGUCCAGUAUGCAGUGCAUAUUGAAGGAGGCGCGCGAGAACAACUUCCCAUCUUGUCCGACGCUGGAAGCAUUGAAAAGGGAAUGCGAGUUUGGAGAAAGAUGUCAGACUGUGGCUUGCAUGUUGCUGGGUCCCGAUGGCAAUAUUGUGAGCAGACGUAAAGUUAAGAGAAGGAGAAGUAAGAGAAAGAAAGGUGUGGCUGCUGACGAUUAUGAUGAUUACGACGACGAAGAAGAAGAUGUUGUUGCCGGGGAAGUUGAUAGCAAACUAGAAGAUAAAGAGAAAGUGUCGUAUGAAGAAUUCAUGACGAUUGUCAACAGAAUGGACCGCUUGUCAUUCAAGUUGAUGUGUGCUCCUAAACUUAAGGAACUGUCGAUAAGAAUUGAAAAAUUCCGUAAAAAGUUGCAAACUGAUAUACAGAAACAUCCUUUGGACAAUGAACUGAUAGAUUCGUAUUUUGACCAAUGUUACGAGUACCCUGUUGAAGUGCCAGAACUUGCAAUGCUCCACCAGUGUCUUUCUUUAAUAUCUUGGCUAGAAGAAGUAUCAUGCAUUCAAAACGAAACCAUUCAACUUUCCUGUGAAACUGUUUUAAGACUUCGUGAAACUGGAUUGAGUUUUGCAACCUCUGAUCCAAAAAUAGAAAGUAGUUUGGAGUUUUUGGAAGAGCUGAUCACUACAUUCAAAAAACUAGAAUUCAAAGCUUCUACUUACACGUUUAACAAGCCCUGGCAAAGUGUUGAAGAUGUGGAACGACUGGUGAUUGAAUGCCAAGAAAGUAAGAUGGUCAUUCCUUCCAUUGGCCUGCUGUCUUCAGCCUUGAAGGAUGCAAAGGAGUGGUGCUCAGCUGCCGAGGAGAUAACUAAGAACGCUCCUGUUACUCGAAGAAGAAGCAUGUUGAUGUUAUCUGGUUCAAACGACGAGUCCGUUGUCAAACCCAAGUUGGAAGACUUGGACAACCUCAUAUCAAAAAGUCAACAAAUUCCAAUAUCAUUGCCACAGUUAGAAAAUAUCAUAAAUAUCAAAUCUCAAGUAACAGGGUGGAUAGCUCAGCUUUCUCAUAUGUUGCUCAAAUCAUCUCAACAAUCACUUCUAAAGAUGCUGCUACCUCGUAAAGACAUUCCAUCACUCAUUCACAAGUCAACAAAAUCUGUGAACAGCACUACAAAAGUCAACAAUAAAAAUAGUUGUGUUGAUAGCAAUAAUGAAGAUGAUGAUGGUUUCAUCAGUUUGGAUAACUCUUCUUCGUCAUUGGACUUUCCACAUUUGGAUGACGAAUAUUUGGAGAUAUUACGUAAAGCAGAGAUAACAGAUAUGCAAAUGUUGAGACAAGUCAAUGAAAAAAAAAUACAUGCAUCUCCAUGUGGCUCAAUAGGACAUUGUAUUUGUGGCCUUGGAAAAUACGGCAGCAUGGUUAAAUGUUCUUUGUGCUAUGAGCUGUACCAUUAUAGUUGUGUGGAAUACAGCUGCAUCCCACAGACCCUAUCAUUUCCACUCUUAUCUCCUUUUGACAUCCUCAAAACGUUUGACAACUUUUUAUGCCCGAGAUGCAAUCGAACCAAUAGGCAACGAGCUAGCGAAUUGAAUAAUUUUGUAGCUAUGUACAACAAUGAUCUGGAAGUUGUCUUUCAGGAAGGACUAGCAUUGGGCAAUUUGAUGAAAAGAGCUGAAGAAUGGAAGCUGAAAAUGAAAGCCUUUAUUAAAGGAAAACCAAAUCUCAAAGUUUUGGAAAAUCUGUGGAGAAUGCUUGCCAAUGGGGACGACAUUGGAAAUUUGAAUGAUAAAUUUCUUUUCACGGAAAACAUCCGAAAGAAUUUGAUGGAGUUGUUGUUAGAAGGUGACUUGAUAGAGGUGCACAUGUCGGAAAGGUACCUACUUAGAUACGCACUGCAAUGUCAUGAUGCCUCAACCUUCAAAACACGCAUUUACUCUUUUCCUGACGUCUUACCUGAUGUCAUAAAGACGUUGCCGAGGAAAACAAGUCAUCCAAGGAAACGAAACAAAAGAUGCAGUAGGGAUGGUCUAAAAAUACAAGGUUUGACUGGCAUUAAUCAUUUGUUCAUGAAGUCUUAG